AUGUCAACAAUGGAUUCUUCCUUUGUGUCACAUCGUCAGCGUGUCCUUGACAACCGUGUUGAGCGGUCGAUGGAGGGAUGGUCUGUCAUUGCAAAUAUCACAGACUUCACGCACGCCGUUUGCCGUGUAUCGGAUGGCAGGGGCUCCGCCAUUCUUGUCGCCCUUCCGUUUUUGGAUUCCACCGCUCGCUGCGACGUGAUUCAGGAUGGACGGCAAAGUCCUCAAGUAAGGCGUGAUGGCACCGGCGUGCUGCUCACAACGUCGUUUGUAUUCCCCAGUCGAGAAGAAGCACAGGGGGCAACCGUGACGUUUCUCGAACAGCCGGUUGCAGGGACAAACGCACGCGAGGGGCGCCGUGUGGAACCGUUUCAAGCCCCAGUGAAUGUGGAAAAGCUUUUUUUCUGUUCUACCCCUAGUGCCUCUGUUCUGCCGCGAUCCAGGUGGGGUGUUGGAGGAGCAUUCAUGCCCGUGCCCAACAACACGCCUUUUUCUGGAAACUGUACCGCCACUGGUGGGUCUUUGCAUGCCUCGAAAUUCAGUUUCAUCGGGGAGGAGGAGGAGGAGGAGAAUGAGGAGGAGUUGGGCUACACUUUGACGUUUUGCGACAUGAAUCCAACGGAGGAGUGUUCAGCGCCUAUAGGUAUUGUCGUGCCGCCGCUUGUUCCACCUGGACACUCAUUUAUUUCUUCUUCCGAAGUGAGCGCAAGCGUCUCGUGCGUAUCUUUACCUCAACAAUUAUUGCAGCAUCGUCCUGCAGCUUCUUAUUUGGAGCGGCAAGAGCCGCAGAACGCGACAUUUUUCUCUUCUUCUUGCGGCACGGGAAGUCUUACUGGGCGCCACGCUACGCAGCGAUGGGAUUCAUAUCCAAUUAAACCAUUGCCCCUGCCAUUAUUGUUGUCUCGAAUUGCCAAGGUACGUGCUGGUGAUCGUCAUUUGAUGAUUACACACAUCAACGGUCGUGAACGGCAUUAUGUUGUUCAGACAGUGAAGCGGGUUGGAAAUGAUUCAUGCGAAUAUGAAUUUUUUGAUCCCGCGAGCGAAUUUAGCAGCGGGGGUCCCAUUUUUGACAUGCGAGGGGAUUUUGUGGGGCUGCAGCACCAGAGUGGGGAUCACAGUUAUGGCAUUCUUAUCUCUUCCAUUGUGCGUCACUUGUUCCAAUCUUCAUUGUUGGGCGUCUGCCGUCUGCCCAUUGUUGACGUCAGUGUGGAUGAGAAGAAAUUUGAUUUGGACGCCGUGGUGCCCGAUGAAGUGUUUAAUCAGCCUUUUCACAUCAAUCAACGCUAUUGCGUGUUAAAUGUGGGUGCGGGUGAUCAAUUGAUUGAGUACGAGGAUUUUCAACGGCUGCGUAUGCGUAGUGAUAUCCUAGGGUCAACACAACCACCUUCUCUUGUGGCGCCUGCAAGUGAUCAUGUAUGGAAGGAAUUUUACCGUGAUUUCCGUAGUCUCAUUCUUAUCCUUUUUGCCUUUUCCCAUGCACCCAAAGUGACAAAACUGGCAUUGGAGGAGAUAACAUCGCAUGAUCACCGCCAAAACUUACCAAAUGUGGCAUCUCUUGGGGGUAUUGGUAUUGUGCUGGAGAUCAUUGAUGGGUACCCACAGAAUGAAGAGAUUGUAUUGGCUGCCCUUACUGUCCUGGGUCGUGCCUCUUUGUAUAAAUCGAAUCGGGAGGCAAUUUUUCGCUGUGAUGGGGUCCUGACGGUAUUAGAGAUUAUGAAUGAGUACUCCCAUCAUGCCUCGAUUCAGCACUGGGGGAAUUACUGUUUGUAUAACGUCAUGGCGUCUGACUCACCUGUGCGCACGGAGUCUAUUGAACUUUUUGCAUAUAGUCAAGGUAUUGCAGUGGCUGUCGAGGCGCUUCGCGUACAUUCUGCUGAACGCUACGUAUUACGUCAUGCUAGUUUUGCUCUCAGCUGUGUGGUAAAGGAAGAUGUUCAGUACAUUUUUGGAAUGAUUCGUGGUGGACUCACCAACGUUAUUGUGGAUCGGAUGAAGGACAAUAGCGAAGAUCCCUUUGUUUUUCUCGGCCUGGCAACCCUGCUACGUGAGCUGUUGUGUGGUCUCGGGAAGAAGAACUUGUUGGCCCCAUUGACCAUCCCAGCGGUAACAAUUGCUUUGGAUUCAGGCGUAUGGUGCGACGGAAUACAUUUAUUUGGAUUGGAUGCGCUUAACAAUCGCAGCAGCGGCGAGGAGGUCGGGAAUGUUCUGUUGGACAUCCUGGUUAAGGAAGGAGUUUUCACCGUCCUUGGGAAGGUCAUGGCGUGUGAAUCCCUGAACAGGUAUUCAAGCGAUUCCAUGACGUUGCUAGAGGCAUGUGUCGGUUCUGUCUUGGUGCUUCUGUUUUGCCGCUUGACGGAACUUCAAGCCGAGUUCUCAUCGAUGAAGUUGAAACAAACAUGUGAACAGAUCCUGCGGAAUUUCCCAACGGAAAAGGGGCUGCUGGAGAUGACAACACGAAUCAUAGACAUGCUUUCAGCCGUGUCGUGA